AUGCAUAUGAACGUUGGAACCGUCGCGGUAGCAUUACUGGUUGCUUCCGCAGUCGCCGUCCCUGUUAACCAGAUGUCCGUGGACAAGCUACCUCCAAAGACAGAAGUUGAAAAAACCACAUACUGGGAGCUUUUGGGAAAGAGGAUAAUUUCGGAAUUGGACCUUAUGGCUCCCCGGGGGGUACCCGCUAUGGCUAGUCAUGAUAAAGAUGAUGACGAUUACGAUGAUGAUGAUGACGACCAUGACCACGAUGAUCAUGACCAUGAUCAUUGGAAAGGAAUGAAAGCCAGAAGCCACAAAGACCAUCACGAUCACGAUGACCACGACCACGACCAUGACCACGAUGAUGACCACGAUGAUGACCACGAUGAUGACCACGACCAUGAUGACCACGACCAUGAUGACCACGACCAUGACGACCAUGACCAUGAUCAUUGGAAAGGAAUGAAAGUCAGAAGCCACAAAGACCAUGGCGAUCACGAUGACCAUGACCAUGACCACGACCACGACCACGACCACGAUGAUGGUGACCACCACCACCACGGAAAAUGA